AAGACAGCGCGUCGGUGUCGGCCAAGCAACGCACGUCGCUCAGCGGGCGCACCGAACGCACAGACCGUACGAUUGUUGUCCCAGUCGAGGAUGCGGAAGACCUCGCGCAAGCAGGACCCACGGUCCUCCUGGUGAGGCGUUCGCGCAUCUCAACGCGCGGUCUGCCAUCGCGGUUCAAGACGCUGCCCAAGCUCCCGUCCGAGGCUGAGGAGGAAGCGGAGCCGAGUGAUUCCUUCGCCCAGAACCACCGGGAGGUCGCGCGCCCUCCACCAAUACCCGAGCACGACCCGCGCCCGCUAGACCCUGUCCCCCUCACCCCACGCUCACUACGUCCCUACCGAGGUGGCUCCGCGCACUCGGUGUAUAGCGCCCAGUCUGAGGCUUCGAGACUACCUACGCCCAACUAUGCCCCCGAUAUGGUAUCUGGGGCAAACGUCAUGCGGGGCUUAACUUCGUACUUCCCCCGCCUGCCCGCGUUACCGUUCACCCUCGCCUUCAACCCGUUCCGCACACGCUCGCGCCCCAUCCCCGCGCGGACGGAGUCGGAGGGCUCAACCUACUCGCGCCAGUCGACCUCUACCUGCCGCAGGAGCACCGUCGCCUUCCUUCAACGCCUGCCUCAACCUCGCUCGUUGGUGGUGGACACCGUGCACGUCCCGAUCCCGACAGCGCUCAAAGACAAACGCCCGCUUCUCCUCUCGACGUGGAGUACCUCGGACAAGUUCACACGCAAGUUCCCCCGUCCCCGCGCUCUCGCGAACGAGAGCUGGCUCGGCCCCGGGGCGAGCUCUGUGUCCACGUCCGGGAGGACGGACGAGGGCGGGCUGGGGAUAGACAGGCCCGCGCGGUGGACGCCGCACAAGUGGUGUCUGGUCGCGUCGGUGUGCACCGUGCUCGUGUACGGCUCCGCGGGGCUCGUGUGCGCGAUCCUGACCUGGUUCGGAGCAUGGAAAGGCGCGGACGUGGCCUACGUCGCCUCCUACGACCUCCUCGUCCUCCUCACCCUCGCCUCCUCCGUCCUCCUCCUCGCAGCCCUAACCGGCCUCUCCGGCGCGCUCCUCAACUCGCGCCCCCUCCUCGCGCUCUACGCGCUCCUCCUCUGGCCCGCCUUCCUCGCGCUCCUCCUCGCCGCCUACCCCGCCUACAAGCGCUCCGCCUACGCGCUCGACCGCAAGCUCUCGCGCGCCUGGUCCGAGUACUACACGCCCCUCGGCCGCCUCGCCAUCCAGGACGCGCUCCACUGCUGCGGCUUCCUCACCGCGGCGCACGACGCGGCCCCGAGCGCGCUCUGCUACCCGCGCACGCCGCUGCCCGGCUGCAAGGGCGCGCUGUGGCGCUUCCAGCGCGCGUGGCUGCGCACGCUCUGCGGCGCGCUCUUCGCCCUCGUCCCGCUGCACGUGCUCAACAUCCUCGUCGCGCUCCUGUGCGCGAACCACGUCACGCGCACGUUCGGGAAGGGCAUCACGCCGCGGCGGUACAGGCUGAGCGCGGAAGACGUCCGCGCGGACGCGCUCGGGCUCAUGCAGGUGCUCAGGGAGCGCGGCGUCGGGCCGCUGCGGAGGCCGGGGGUCGCGAGGGCGGGGUCGAGCGCGGCGUCCUUCCGGGAGGACAAGGUGCGCUACGGCGUUGAGGCGGAGAGGGCUGGGCGCGCGGCCCGUCGGAGAUGA